AUGGUUGAAUUAUAUCCUGAUGACUUUGAUGAAUUCAAAAUGAGAGCUCUUGUGAAUCAACUUGCUAAUUACAUUAUUCGUGAUACUGAUAAAAGGUUCUCCAAUUUGAGUGGACUUGGGGAACUUUCAAGAAAGUUGGUUGAGACAAAAAAGUAUUUAACUUAUUAUCUUGUAUUUCUUUUAGUGAAGUUUCCUUUGCUUCUACCCGUUGGCACUGCAACAGUUAAAAGAGUUUUUUCGACAAUGAAAUUUAUCAAGAAUAAUUUGCGGAAUCAAAUGGACGAUGAAUUCUCAGAUGGAUGCAUAUUGCCUUAUGUAGAAAAAAGUGUUUAA